UAAAUCAACAGUAGACAUCGCACGCUCAACUCGACGAUCCGUGACUCGUCACAAAUCAAUUACGCGAUAAGUUGCGUCGUGGUUUUUCUUUCGUUUCUAAUCGUCGUAUCUUUGGCUCGAGUAUUCUCCGGUAGUUUUCAUAUUUCAGGCUCUUUUGUUGGUUGAAAAUCAAGCGAUAAUUGACGUCAAGUGGCUGCGGAAUUCAGUCGAGUCGAGCUCCGCAAAUUCUCUCGCGAUCGGAUUACGGUUUCGGGUUCCGUGGCGCAGGGUGAAUCCCACUCAACAAAUUCUCGUGAUUUUGGUCAACGCCGGGUGUAAAAAUAAAUCAAACGCGCAGAGGCAUGGAUCGUUGGAGAGGAAAAAGUGCAGUUGUGACAGGUGCAUUUUCUGGCAUCGGGGCCGCAGUAAGUUCUGCUCUCCUCUCCAAUGGCAUAAACGUGACUGGCCUCGAUAUCCAAAAAGGAGGAUUCGCACCUGUGCCCGACUCGACCUCACGUGACUCCAAGUUUGGAAAAUUUUUCCACAUUUCUUGCGAUCUUUCAAAAGAGCGUGACAUUCUUUCGGCCUUCGAAAGAAUCGCGGAGGAACGAGCCGGCGUCGACAUUCUGGUUAACAACGCUGGAGUCAUCGAUUAUAAACGAAUAAUCGAGAGCGAUAGAGAGACUUACGAAAAACUUGUCAAUCUGAAUAUCCUCGGCGUUGCUUCGUGUACGAGGGAAGCGGUACGUUCGAUGCGUUCCAGGAACGUCGAAGGGCACAUUUUCAAUAUCAACAGCGUGGUAGGACACGAGAUCCCGGAACGAGCGUUUUCCGAUUCCAUCGAAAAGAAUGGUUUCAAUUUAUAUCCAGCAACGAAACACGCCACGGUAGCGAUGACCCACUCGCUUCGCCGAGAGAUUAUGGCUGCGAAACUUCCCAUCAGAAUAACUAGCCUCAGCCCAGGUCUGGUCAAAACGAACAUAGCAACAGCCGCGGGUUUCCCGGAACUUUUCGAAGAGAUUCUGGCCCUCAAACCGGAAGACAUUGCUGACGGUCUUAUUUACGCUCUCGGUACUCGACCGGAAGUGCAGGUAACAGAACUCACCAUCCGUCGUACAGGAGAGCCUUAAAGUUUCUGGGAUUCCAUUGAAAAAUCGAUGAAAAUACAAAAACCAUUCGUCCCGUUGAAGUACCCAGCGGAAAAUCGUUUCCAUCAUAUUUUCACUUCUGUUGAGAUAAAACAAAGUUUGACAAAUGA